CUUAGUAUGAUAUGUCCCAUUCCUUCCCUCUCUCCCAGUUAGAUUAGGGCAAUCCCUCUCCCACCAGAUACUUCUCGAUAAAAUUAUCUUUAUCCUCUUUUUUUUCCUUUGGACAAAUACCCGGAUUCCUCCUAGGAUAUAAAAUAUGGUUAACCAGAAAGCUGUUUUGAUUGUCAUCGAUGGUUGGGGAAUUUCUCCUUCCGAAAACCUACCCGGAGAUGCUAUUGGUAAUGCAGAGACCCCGGUAAUGGACUCCUUCCGCAAAAAUACGGACGGAUACACUACUCUCGAAGCCUCAUCUCUUGCUGUAGGGUUGCCCGAGGGAUUGAUGGGUAACAGUGAGGUCGGGCAUUUAAAUAUUGGUGCUGGGCGUGUUGUUUGGCAAGAUGUUGUCAGAAUCGACCAAACCAUGAAGAAGGGUGACUUCCCCAAAACUGAAAACAUCAAGAUUUCAAUGAUGCGUGCGAGGGAGGGAAACGGCCGUCUUCACCUGUUGGGCUUGAUUUCGGACGGUGGAGUACACUCCCACCAGAAUCACCUUUACUCCUUACUCUCUACUGCAAAGGAGUUUGGAGUCCCACAUGUUUAUAUUCACAUGUUCGGUGAUGGGCGUGACACAGACCCUAAGAGUAGUGCUAGGUAUCUGCAGGAACUGCUUGGCAGGAUCAAAGAGCUUGAUACUGUCAAGGUUGGGACUGUCGUGGGAAGAUACUACGCUAUGGAUAGGGACAAGAGAUGGGAGCGUGUUAAAGUUGCUUUGGAGGGACUUGUCCAAGGUAAGGGCGAAACCUCGGAGGACCCCGUCGCAACUAUCAAGGCCAAAUAUGAGCAAGGCGAGACGGAUGAGUUCUUGAAGCCGAUAAUCGUCUCGGGAGAAGAAGCGAGAAUUAAAGACAACGAUACCCUUUUCUUCUUCAACUACCGUUCAGAUCGUGUGCGUGAGAUCACCCAGCUUCUCGGUGUUGAUAAUUCUCCUCUUCCCGGCUUCCCUUAUCCCAGGAACAUCAAUAUCACUACAAUGACCCAGUACAAGACCGACUAUCCCUUCAAUAUCGCAUUCCCACCGCAGCGUAUGGAUGAUGUCUUGGCUGAGUGGCUGGCCAAGAAAGGGAUCAAACAGUGCCAUGUUGCCGAGACUGAGAAAUAUGCUCAUGUAACUUUCUUCUUCAAUGGGGGAGUAGAGCUGCGGUUUGAGAACGAAACCAGGGAUAUGGUUCCUUCCCCGAAAGUCGCUACCUAUGACCAAGACCCAGGGAUGUCGUGUGCCGCGGUUGCUGAGAAGCUCAGUGAACGUAUUGCCGAAGGAAAUUUCGAAUUCCUGAUGAACAAUUUUGCGCCUCCAGACAUGGUUGGGCACACUGGUGUCUACAACGCCGCAGUUCAAGCCGUUGGCCACACUGAUGCCGCAAUUGGUGUUGUCUAUGAGGCAUGCAAGAAACAUGGAUAUAUCCUCUUUAUCACAGCUGACCAUGGCAAUGCCGAGGAGAUGUUGAAUGAAGAGGGCACCCCAAAGACCAGCCACACUACCAAUCCCGUACCAUUUAUCAUGGCGAACGCACCCAAGGGAUGGAGUUUGAAAAAGAAGGAUGGGGUUUUGGGCGAUGUUGCUCCCACUAUCCUGGCUGCGAUGGGUUUGGACCAGAGCGAUCAUAUGACCGGUCAGAGUCUUUUGGUUAAGUCUUAGUUCAGUUUUGUGCUGGGAUGUAUUUUAGGUUUUCUUCUUCUUCAUUUUAGGUGAGCUUAAUAGAGGGUGGGUUAAAUACACCGGAUAGAGUAAAAUAAACUCAGUUCCAAACCUA